AUGCACGAGUUAAACAACAAGUGUAAGCUCACGCCGAAGAGUGUAAUCCCGUACCAAACACCGGGCGUCUACAAGAUUGAUUGCACCUGCGGUAGUUCGUACAUUGGUCAAACUAAGCGCACCAUCGCGGAACAGGUCAAGGAACAUAUCGCAACUCUAAACAAUUGCCAGAUGGCAAAAUCAGCGAUAGCGGAACAUCUGCUCAACUCCAAUUCUAACCUC